CAAUACAGGAGUGGGCAGAAAACAAUGAGACACGAGGCCAAAUCGAAGACACUGUGCUGUAUGCUUAUUACUCACUGUACUCUCUCCUCCUGUUCUGUGUCUUCCUGUGGAUCCCCUUUGUCUACUUCUAUUAUGAGGAGAAGGAUGAUGACAACAUCAACAAGUGUUCACAAGUGAAAAAUGCUCUGAAAUACACAAUUGGAUUCAUCAUCGUCUGUGCAGCACUGCUAUUAAUUGGGGCCUUCGUUCCUCUUGAAGCCCCACCUAAUCAGAAUGGUACCCAGUGGGAAAAGAUGCAGUAUCUGUUUGAGGAGCUGGGGAACAACCAUGGUGUACCAGCCCUGUCUUUCUCCAUCAGCUCCUUGACCUUGAUUGGCAUGUUGGCAGUGAUCACUUACACGAGUCUGUGUGUGUGUGUUUUCAUCACUUACAUUGUGUGUGUCCUGGCAGUGAUCACUUACAGGGCGUAUGGUAUGUCAGUGCUGCCGUUGAACCUGAUUAAAGGGACACGCAGUGUGGUGUACGAGCGUCUGGAGAACACUGAAGAUAUUGAAGAGGUUGAACACCAGAUGGAAAAGAUCAAAGCCAAGUGUGAGGACGGGCGUCCUCUGUCGUCGCGGGACCGUCGUAACCUCCAGGAGUUUGAGGACAAGCUACAGGUGCUCCAGAGGAGGGGCAGGCACCUGGAGAUAGCAGAGAGUCACUGCUGCACCAAGGUUGGAUCUGCCCUCAGACCACUCAAGAUUCUGCUGGGAAUUUUCUUCAUCCUGUUCGCUCUGCUGUUUGUUGUGGCUCUGUUCAUUUCAAAUUUGGACAAAGCUCUUCACUCUGCUGGCAUCAGUUCUGGCUUCAUGGUGUUUGGCACCAAACCUGACCAACCCUGCUGA